AUGCUAAAGAAUCAGCAAGAAUCUAUUCUCAACAUUGAGAAACAGCUAGGACAACUUGCACAUCAAGUAAACGAGAGAAGACCAGGUCAACUUCCAAGUAAAACCGAGAAUAAUCCAAGAAUGGGGAAUGUGAAUGCUGUGACCUCCAGCUAUGGAAAAAUUUUCACCCCUGCACAGAAGAUCUCCAAGUCGUACAACCCUCCUCUGCAAUUCCCAAUCAGAGCCAUACCUACUGAAAAGGUUAGAGCAUAUAAAGCUUUCAUGGAACAUGUCAAGACCCUUCAAGUUAACAUUCCAUUUGUGAAAAUGAUGGUUCAAACACCCAAGUAUUUUAACUUGCUAAGGGGUCUCUUUGCUGCUAGAAAAGAUUUAGCUGAAGUCGCGGAGAUAGUAUUGAGUGAGAUACCAGAAAAGAAGGGCGAUCCGGGAAGCAUCAUAAUUCCUUGUCAAUUUGGAUAUGUACUUGCUACUCAAGCGUUGACCGAUUCGGGUGGAAGUAUUAAGUUAAUGCCUUUUUCUUUCUUCAAGAAGCUGAAUUUACCGGAGCCAAGGCCUGUGAAUAUGAAGAUCCAUUUAGCGGAUAAGACGAUUAUUCGUCCAAGAGGUGUUUGUGAAGAUCUCCUCAUUAAGGUGGAUAAAUUUAUAUUCCCCCUGGACUUUUUAGUACUUGAUAUGGAUGAAGACCCCGAAAUUCCAAUUAUUUUAGGGAGAUCAUUUUUGAGUACCGCAUGCGCAUUGAUAGAUGUAUGUGAGUCCACACUAACAUUGAGGGUAGGAGAUGAAUCAGCAAUGUUUAAAGCUCUACCAGAGAUUAAGCAAGAAGAAAGAAGAAAAGAAGAAGUCUCAUUCAUUAAUUUGGAUGACGAAAUACUACAAAAAGAACUUGAACUCUUGCAAGAAGAAGAUCCAAGUUAG